UGCGUAAACAACAUCUCUUGUUUCUCUCUUCCAGUAACUGUGACUGUGGGAGGACAACAGCACUUGCUGGGACUUUAUGACACUGCAGGGCAGGAGGACUACAACCAGCUGAGACCCCUGUCCUACCCCAACACGGAUGUGUUCUUGAUCUGCUUCUCGGUGGUGAACCCCGCCUCGUACCACAACGUCCAGGAGGAGUGGGUGCCCGAGCUGAAAGUCUGCAUGCCCAACGUGCCUUACGUCCUCAUAGGAACACAGAUUGAUCUCCGGGAUGAUCCCAAAACUUUGGCUCGGCUGCUUUACAUGAAGGAGAAACCACUCACCUAUGAGCACGGAGUGAAGCUAGCAAAGGAGAUCGGAGCACAGUGCUAUCUGGAGUGCUCGGCUCUCACACAGAAAGGCCUUAAGACUGUCUUUGAUGAGGCAAUCCUGACCAUUUUCCACCCCAAGAAGAAGAAGAAGCGUUGUGCAAAGUGCCACAGCUGCUGCACCCUUGUGUGAAGUCACUUGGAAAGAAAACCAAGAUGAGUCCAAUGAAACCAAGCAGGUUAGAAAGGCAAUGAAGGUCACAUGCAACUGAAAUGGGGAACAUGACCAGAAAGGGGUCCUUCUUACCCAAAUAUAGGAGCCCUCUGUUCUGUGAAACCUCCAAGCUGUAUCACAGUAGGCCAACUCAUGUCUAUGUGCUUUCCUAAUCCUCCAGAGUUGUAUGCAGCCUGUUCCCACUACUGCAGACUGCACUGAGCCAACAGAAACCAGGAUGCCUGCUCCUGCUUGACUCUUCACCUUAGGAAUAAGGUGAAGGUGAUGUGUGG